UUCCAUCGCCCUUUCCCCUUUUCCCCUUUCCCACCAAAAAAACACACUCACAAUGUCAUUUUCUCUGUUCUUUUUCAUCUUCCUCUUGAUCGAUUUCAUGUGGGUAUCAACAUAUCCUCCAUUGCUCCUCCAGAGUUUUGAGUAAAAGGGAAGAUCUCAAAAGGGGUUUUUCAUGGCCUUUUUGUGUUGUUAUCUCUCCAUUUUUCUUGGAAUUCUUUUCAACUCCCAGUUUCUGGGGGCUGUUCUUGAUGAUGAAAUCACCAUGUCCGCCAUUAGAGAGGAGCUUCAAGUUCUUGAGUGGAGCUCCAACAUCUCUGAGUACUGUUCUUGGAAGGGUGUUCAUUGUGGUUUGAACCAUUCCAUGGUUGAAGCUCUUGAUCUUUCAGGUCAUUCUCUUAGAGGUAUUCCAACACUGAUUUCUAAGCUCAAAGCUCUGAAAUGGCUUGAUCUAUCCUACAAUGACUUCCACGGCGACGUCCCGUCGAGUUUCGCAACCUUAUCCGAGCUCGAAUUCCUUGAUUUGUCUUUGAAUAAGUUUGAUGGUUCGAUCCCGCCCGAGUUUGGUGGUCUCAAGAACCUCAAAUCAUUGAACCUUUCCAAUAAUCUUCUUGUGGGAGAAAUUCCUAAUGAGCUUCAAGGAUUAGAGAAAUUGGAGGAUUUUCAAGUUUCUAGCAAUAGGUUGAAUGGUUCAAUUCCAAGUUGGGUUGGAAAUUUGAGCCAUCUAAGAGUUUUUACAGCUUAUGAGAAUGACUUUGUUGGUGUAAUUCCUGAUAAUCUCGGUUCGGUUUCCGAGCUCCAUGUGUUGAAUCUUCAUACCAAUAGGCUUGAAGGCUCGAUUCCUCGAAGUAUUUUCGGUUCGGGGAAGCUUGAGAUUUUGGUUCUUACACAAAACAGAUUGACUGGCCAGCUUCCUGAAGAGAUAGGUAACUGUAAAAGCCUUACGAGCGUUCGAAUCGGGAACAAUGAUCUCAUUGGUUCGAUACCUCCAGCCAUUGGCAAUGUCAGUAGCCUUGCUUACUUUGAAGUGGAUAACAAUCACCUUUCGGGCGACAUUACGUCUCGGAUUUCACGGUGCUCGAAUCUCACUCUGCUGAAUCUAGCAUCAAACGAGUUCACCGGGGUGAUUCCUCGUGAACUCGGAGAGCUGAUGAAUCUGCAGGAGCUUAUUCUUUCCGGUAAUAGCUUGUAUGGCGACAUUCCUAGAUCGAUGCUCCGGUGCAAGAAUCUCAACAAGCUCGAUUUAAGCAGCAAUCGAUUCAAUGGUACUAUUCCUUCAGAUAUCUGCAAUAUAUCAAGAUUGCAGUACUUACUUUUGGAACAGAACUCAAUAAAAGGAGAGAUACCUAAAGAGAUUGGAAAAUGUACAAAGCUUCUCGACUUACGACUCGGUAGUAACUACCUAACUGGAAGCGUCCCUUCCGAGAUCGGUCGUAUUAAGAACUUACAGAUAGCUUUGAACUUGAGCUUCAAUCAUCUAAACGGACCGGUGCCUACGGAGUUGGGGGAACUUGAUAAACUGGUUUCUUUAGAUUUAUCGAACAAUCGUCUCUCGGGCGAUAUCCCGUAUGAGCUUAAGGGCAUGUUAAGCUUGAUAGACGUGAAUUUUUCGAAUAAUUUACUUACUGGUUCGAUUCCUUUCUUUGUUCCAUUCCAGAAAACUGCAAGUUCCAGUUUUCUGGGAAACAAAGGCCUUUGCGGGGCUCCAUUAAGCGUUACGUGUAAAAAAUCGAUUGGUUCGUACACUCGAGAUUACCAUCAAAAGGUCUCGUACAAGAUCAUACUAGCUGUCAUCGGUUCCGGGCUGGCUGCUUUCGUAUCGGUUAGUAUAGUUGUUUUACUUUUUGUGAUGAAAGAAAAGCAGGAAAAGGCAGGAAAGUCUUCAAGAGCUGUAGAUGAUGAAAUCAUCAAGGAUCAACCGACCAUAAUAGCCGGGAAUGUCUUUGACGAUAAUCUCCGACAGGAGCUAGAUCUCGACGCGGCCGUGAAAGCGACGUUUAAGGAUUCAAACAAGCUCAUAUUUGGGACUUUUAGUACUGUUUAUAAGGCGGUCUUGCCUUCGGGGAUGAUCGUAUCGGUUAAGAGACUAAAAUCGAUGGAUAAGACGAUCGUUCAUCAUCAAAGUAAGAUGAUCAGAGAGCUCGAAAGGCUUGGCAAACUGAGCCAUGCUAAUCUUAUGCAACUCAUUGGGUAUGUUAUAUACGAAGACGUGGCUCUGUUGCUUCAUCGUUACUUACCGAACGGGACAUUGGCUCGGCUUCUUCACGAGUAUACGAAGCAACCUGAAUAUGAACCCGAUUGGCCCACGAGAUUUUCGAUCGCCGUUGGAGCAGCCGAAGGGCUAGCUUUCCUUCAUCAUGUGGCUAUAAUCCAUCUUGAUAUUUCAUCAUCCAAUAUUCUUUUGGAUGCAAACUUCAAGCCUUUGGUUGGAGAGGUUGAGAUAUCAAAACUUUUAGAUCCAUCAAGAGGCACUGCUAGUAUUAGUGCCAUUGCAGGUUCAUUUGGUUAUAUUCCACCAGAAUAUGCGUAUACGAUGCAAGUUACGGCCCCGGGAAAUGUUUAUAGCUACGGUGUCGUUUUGCUCGAGAUCCUCACAACUAGAAUGCCAGUGGAUGAGGAGUUUGGUGAAGGAGUAGAUUUGGUGAAGUGGGUGCUUAGUGCUCCUUCACGAGGCGAGACACCUGAACAGAUACUCGAUUCCCGGCUGAGCACGGUGUCGUUCGGGUGGAGGAAGGAGAUGCUUGCAGCUCUCAAGAUUGCAUUGCUCUGCACUGAUAGCGUACCAGCCAAAAGGCCAAAAAUGAAGAAAGUGGUGGAAAUGCUUAUGGAGAUCAAGCAAAAUUGAUGGGCUCCUGUGUUCGUGUAGAGUUUUCGACGUGCUUGAUGCGAAAAACGACUCGAAAUGGAGAUUGAGCUCGGGUCCUCUAAAGCAAUUGCUUUGUGAGUGACCAUACAUGACUGUGUAGUCUGGUUGUUUUCUGAUCACAACCAACCAGAUUUGUGACGAAGGAAAGUAUAUCAUUACAUAA